AUGUCCUCGUCCCCCCGCGGAAGGCGCGCGCCUGCCCCGGCCGCCCUCGACCUCAGUCCCAAGAAGAGCUACGGCGGCGUGUCCCCCCACUCUCCCUCCCCCGCCAGACGGGCCGUCACAGACGCAGUAAGCCCAGCAACCACCAGCGGCUCCCUCCGCUCCCGCUCACCCCGCCAGGUACACCGUCCGAGGCCCCUUCCGCACCCCCCUCAGAACGCACAAGUGCCCGUCCCGCCAGUGUCGAGAGGAGACCACAGCCAUCACUCCCUGAGUGCCUACCCCGUCUCACCGCUCGCGUCACAGUCCUACUCGAAUCAACACGCCAGCCCCGUACAGCCUUCUGCAAUCGACAGACGGAAUCUCAUCGGCGUCGGCGAGCUGUCAACUCCUCGGUGGCCUGGAAACGUGGGCCAUCAACGCACUCCCAGUAUGCCCUAUCCGAGCACUGGCAGUCCAUCCUCGCGCCCCCCACCCUUGCCACAUUCGCCGUCAAGACAUUCCAAAGAUACACUGGAUGUGCCGAUGUCACGUCAGCGGUCCAACUCGGCCGCUCAGAACCCACCACGGCUUACCAACAAGUCUCCUGCCCGCCAGACGUCGAGAGAGGCACUCACAGCACCCAACACGGCUACCCCUGACGACUCUCUCUACUCUCUGGCUGCUCUGUCGCAAUUUGAAUUCGAUUCCUCUAUGGAGGCUUCGCUUUCGGCUUCAUUAUCAAUGAUGAACUUGCAGCAGCAGCAGCAAGAAACUCCCCGAACCUCUGCGCUGCCACCUAUAGAUACAGGUACUCUGCCUCCUUCGCCCGGUAGCGCGAGGUCACGGAUAUAUGCUCGUCGACAACAGAGGGCGAGCCUGACGGCUGCAAGUCCUUCACAGAUGCCGUCUUCAGCCGACUCGCAGACGAGCACAUUUGCCCAUCGCGCUGGGCGUGACAGCAGAAAGACGCCACCUAAUGCCACCCGUCAUUCUUCGCACGACCUUUUAAAGCAAUUUGCUGUCAAGGAUUUCUCCCAUUUACCCCCCAGCCCUUCGUCUGCUUCUAUAAAUCAGUUUCUCAAAACGAGCACCUCCACUACCAAUGUGACUUCUGGUACACCGCCGGCAAAUGCGUCGAGCGCGACUGCAUAUUUUCCCAGUAAAACUCUCCAAAGGUCAGACUCUCAAAAGUCCCAGAAGCACAGAGCCACGCCCAAAGCGCGGGAUCCCAAUCCCAGCAUCGACCAGGCUCUGCGAAAGCUCGAUGGUCUGGCUAGUACAUCUGGCAAACCCAAGCCGAAAGGCAAAGCUUCCACCAGUGCCUCCACUGUGGCCUCGCGACCCGGCACACCUGAAGCCAAGAUCUAUACAGAGCCUAGGCUCGCGUCUAAGCCUAGUAAUGGGUCACUCAAGGACGCCGGCUCUCCUCUCAGUCACUGGAUAGACCUCAGCGAGGAUAUUCCCGCUAUACCUAUACCAAAGCCACGCGUACCGAAUCAACGCGAAUCCGUGUCAUCGACGGUCAGUACGGGAGGGACACCUACUUCCCGAGAUUCGCAUUCUCUUCCGACAACCGCGACCACCUUGUCCUCUACUGGGGAUCUUGCGACCAAGCAUGGAAGAACAAGCGCAGGAAGCGAUUUAUCCUCUCAAAGUGCAAGCGUCGAGGUGUCAGAGGAGACCGAGGAACAUGUACCGCCGGUGCCGCCGUUACCUCAGCUGUAUGUCAACAGGCAAUCAAGCAUGCCCCCGCCUUCAACGAACCCGGCAUUCCCAAAUCCCGCCGCAUAUAUGCCCGUUCGAGAUCCAUCACCUCCCCUGUCACCCACGGGCGAACCCGUGUCUCCCUCGUCACUUGCGCCAUCACAAACAAAGAUGCACAAGAAAUGGUCCUUCUCCUCGGCCCUCAAUCUCAAGUCAGCAGCAUCUCCGGUACCGUCUGUAGAAGAGUCGACCACUCCUCGCAGCCCACAGACUCCAUGGUCCGAGAUCCAUCGUGGAGAGUUAUUAUCUCCUGCCAGUGGUCACGGCCACGACUCUGCCGAUCUGGGGGUGUCGACUACGCCGCUUGUACCCCAUAGCUACAAGUCAUCUACUGCCAACAAAAGGCUGACUCCAUCCUCUAUACCAUUCUUUCGACGUUCAUCCUCCUCCUCCUUCCAGAACAAACCCCCCUCCCAGCCCAAGUCUCAGAUACCCGAGACGCCCAAAUCCAGACAAGACAGUAAGACUGUUUCGGGAUCUCAAGCGAGAAAGUCUGUUCUUGGGAUGCAUCUGCCUUCGAUGCUCAGGGGGAGUGCGUCGAAGAAAGGGCUCGCUCAGCAGGCGAAUCAGCCUGUGACGACAACAUCCGAGGUGAAUGAUAAGGAAUUGGCUUCGGCGCCGGCAGCCAGUACUGGUUGGACUGGGAGAAAACGAGGAAAAACACUUUCCAUCUCGGGGGAUCUUCCCAAACCCAUCCCUGCACUCAAGCACCAGUCAUCCACCGACAGCUCAUUCAGUAGCAGUCGUACCUCUGCCAAGUCCAACACGAGCGAUGCUACGAUCAAUGGAAGCAGCACGUAUGACCGACUUCCGUCGAUUAUGGGCUCCCCCGCUCGACCUUUGGAACCCAGAUAUUCCAAUUCCCCAAGGAAUCUUCCUUCAGUCACCCCCACAAAGAUUCCGCGUAUUGCGAAUCGUCCAGCUGCUUCCCCAGCCACGGUCACUUCAAGUGGAAUGAACCUAAGUAUGCCUCCUCCAGCCUUCCCUACGGCCCGAAAGGUGUCCAAUACAGUGACCGGUUCGGGAUCCAGCGAUUACGGGCGCCAUCCCAUUUCCGAAUUUGGUGUUGUUGAGGGUCCGCCUUCUACUCCUCGCCAGUCUACUUCAGGUGCUCAUCGCAAUCACUUGUUGGCUCCCAUGUCAGCCAAACAAGAAACCAGGCGUGUGAUCCAUCGCCCGUCUGAUCCUCCCGUUAUGCGAGGAGAGGCUCCUGCAAGCGCCGUCCCUCCCUCCAGGAGGCAAUUGCCUCGUCCCCCCUCCUCGUCCACUGUCACUGCGAUGACUCUUUCAGCCAGUGCCAAGCGGGCCAGUCGGGAGUUCAGAGGACGGCGAGACUCGAAAGAUGCCACAGACGGAGCUGUGUCAUCCGGCAAAACCUCUCCCAUCAAGCCCUCCAAGUCGAUGCAUUCGCAGAUGGCACCGCCCAGUAUGGCCCCUCGAAUGCCGUCUUCAUCUUCUACCGGUGCUGUGGGAUCAAGCUUUCGCAAGGUGUCUCUGGCCGAAUCGCCUUCGGUCAGCCCCAUUGGCGAUGAUGACGAGGUCAGCGCGGACGCAGAGAUGGAAGCAUAUAUCAAAAGACGCCGGGAAAGGGCGGCAACAAACAAAAAGGACAAUCUCGCCGAUAUCACCGAGUUCCCCCGCGACGUGUCUCCUGUUGAACCUCUGACACAGCGGCAAUUCAUCACCAGGAAUCUGGCUCGAAUGUCUGAUCUGGAGAGGAAGGAGGUGCUUGAUUUCGAUCUCAUCUAUUACAGUCCUUCGCCUGGGUCAAUACGUCGACCUGGAGGUGCCAUGUACAACCAUGGAUAUGACGAUGAGCGAGGUGAUUAUAUCGUUGUAGACGGUGAUCAUCUUUGCUACCGGUACGAGGUCGGUGGCAUCCUGGGCAAGGGCUCUUUCGGUCAGGUUGUCCAAUGUAGGGACCACAAGACCGGUAGGUCUGUGGCGGUCAAAAUCAUCAGAAACAAAAAGAGAUUCCACGCGCAAGCACUGGUCGAGGUCAAGAUCCUACAACAGCUGGUUGAAUGGGAUCCUGACAACAAGCAUUUCAUGGUUCGCAUGACUGACCAUUUCUCAUUCCGCAGCCAUCUCUGCAUCGUCACCGAGCUACUCAGCAUCAACCUGUACGAGCUUAUCAAAGCCAACCAAUUCGCUGGAUUCUCGCCAGUUUUGAUUAGAAGGUUCACCACGCAGAUGCUCGCAUCCCUGCAAUUGAUGCGGUCACACAGGAUCGUGCACUGCGACUUGAAGCCUGAAAACAUCUUAUUGUGUCACCCGGCAAAGAGCGGGAUCAAAGUAAUCGACUUUGGCAGCAGUUGUCUGGAGACUGAAAAAGUAUAUACAUACAUCCAAUCCCGAUUCUAUCGCAGCCCUGAAGUGAUUCUUGGCAUGAAUUAUGCCAUGGCUAUCGACAUGUGGUCAUUGGGAUGUAUUUUGGCCGAGCUUUACACUGGCGUGCCCAUAUUCCCUGGCGAGAACGAACACGAACAGUUGGCGUGCAUCAUGGAGGUACUCGGUGUGCCUGAUCGUUACAUCGUAGAAAAGGCUUCGCGACGGAAAAACUUCUUUGACGCCACUGGGGCUCCUCGACCAUUCGUCAAUGCAAAGGGCCGUCGGCGCCGACCAGGAUCAAAGACCCUGGUCGGUGUCUUGAAGUGUGACGAUGAACUUUUUGUCGACUUCAUCGCAAAAUGUCUCACUUGGGACCCUGAUAAGCGGCUGAAGCCUCAGCCUGCUAUGCGACAUCCUUGGAUCCUGGCUGGCCGUAGACGCUAUGCCCCUACUCCCAGCCGAGACGACAAACGCCCUUCAGAGCGCUCGUCCAGGCUGUUUGGGAGCAGCCACUCGUCUAUGCGGGCAAACGCAAAGAACAUGGGCGAUUUGGGAACCCCGAGCGCGAGUUACAAAGACAAAGAGAAGAAUAAACUGCUCAUCUCGUCGCCAGUGCCUCUGGCGGCAACGAGACAACCAUAUCAUUCUUCCACGGCCUCCACAUCGAGAAUAGGACAGACAAUAAAUUCGUCCAGGCUGGCGCAUCAAACUUCCGCUAGAAAUGGGUCAUUCACGACUACAUCAAAACUCAGCAUUGACUGA